AUGGUAGCAUCAAACAACAUAGAUACCCUCGACGACGAGUUGGCUGCUUUCCGCAAUGAAUCACUUGUUUCAACUGAGCAACGUGUUGUCUAUUUCAUCAACGCUCUCAUCGUUGCUGCUGUCCCAAUCUACUUGUAUCAUGCAAUCUUCUUCAUGUCACUCGAUGCAUUCUUUGUUGUCUAUGCCUCUGUGACACUGUUUGCUGCGAUCGUCUUGACAUUUGCUUACAACAACAUUUACAGAAUCAAGCGACUAAAGCUGUCAGCUGCCAGAGAUCACACAAUCACAAUGAGCAAGGGUGGAAAGUCUGGCAACACCGACAAGAAGGCCGUCUACUCUGCCAAGAAGGAGCGUCAGUCAGUGGUCACCUCGCACGAGGCCAUCGCCCAGUCCAUCAUGUACAACAACGCCCUCUUCCUGGCCAGCACCCUGUUGUUCAGCUUUGUCAUUUUCAAGAACGUUCCACUUGUAUACAACUAUAUCACAUCGGUCUCAUUGGCUGCUGGUGUCACCACCUUCCUGUCCACUGGAUCCAAGCACAACUAA